AUGACAGAAAAUUACAGAAACCGCGUCGAAGCUGGUCAAGUACUCGCGCGAGAACUUUCUAAAAAGCAGUAUGGUAUUGUAGAGGGGGAAGAGGGUAAAGAGAAGACGGAGAAUAUUGUUGUGUUGGCUUUGCCAAGAGGAGGAGUUCCGGUUGCUUAUCAAAUUGCAGCGAGAUUAGGCGCACCAUUGGACGUUUUCUUAGUGAGAAAGAUUGGCGUGGAAGGGCAAGAAGAAUUCGCGAUGGGUGCUAUCACCGAAACUGCAACAGUCCUCAACAGAACCAUGAUUUAUCAGCUGAAUAUUAAGGACGAGUCAAUUCAUCGUAAAAAGGAACUUCAACGACGUAAUGAGAAAUAUCGAAAAGGUAAAUCAUCAGUUGAUGUUCGUAGUAGAACGGUAAUCCUCGUUGAUGAUGGCAUUGCAACUGGCGCUACGAUGCGUGCCGCGUACGCGUCCAUCAAGAAAUUAGAACCAAAAAGAAUAAUCAUCGCCGUGCCAGUAGGUGCACCCGACACCAUAAAGGAAAUGUCAAAAGAAGUUGACGAAGUAAUUUGCCCAUUGCAACCAGUACAUCUGUCUAGUAUUGGAUUUUGGUAUAACGAUUUCACCCAGACUGAAGAUUCUGAAGUCAUAGAGCUUCUGGAAAGAGCAGAACGUGCACAUCCAGUUCCUACGCUUCCAGACAACGAAACUUCAAGGAAUCUUCCUGAUAAACAACUAAGUUCGUCUCUCAUCCCGAACAAUUUCCACGUUUAUCCUGAGAUAACGUCUGAAAUUGUUGGCGAUGAAAAAAGGAACAAACAUAGUGAUAAUAAUAGUAAUAAUGCAUCUCACAUCCUGAACAAUUCCCACGUUUAUCCUGAAAUUGUUGGCGAUGAAAAAACGAACAAAAAUGGUGAUUAUAAUAGUAAUGGUGUGCAAGUGGUCACGGAUUCUAAUAAUAACUCGACCUUCGCUUUUAAUCAUUAUUCAAAUGUGCCAACUGUUUCUGCCACUACUUCUCUAACACACCCAGUAUCAGAAAUUUUAAUGAACAGAUCAACGACGGCUGGUUCUGAAAUUCCUUCAGGACCACCAAAUCGACAGAAUGUUUCUUUACCUCAGUUAUCAUCACAAACUACUUCUAGUUCAAAAUCGGAGCCAGCACUGUCAUGGCAAAUACCACCAAGUGCUUUGGCUCCGAAGAAAUUAAAGAAUGAAAAAAUUGAAAAAAUGGAGCUACGCAUUGCUGAAAAUAAAUUCGAUGUUGAAGCUUGGCUAACGCUGUUUGGUGAAGUAUUAACGAAAGCUGAUGUAGAUAAAGUCGGGGAAACCUUUGAACGGUUUUUGAAAAUUUAUCCGGCGUCGUCACGCCAAUGGAUACAAUAUGCAGAAUUCGAAUUAAAGCAUAAUAAUGUCGAAAAAGUGGAAGAGAUAUUUAAACGUUGUUUACGUCCCGUUCUCUCUGUUGACUUGUGGCGACAUUAUUUGAACUAUGUGCGUCGAAAAAAUGCCGGCGAUAAACCAAAUACCCCGAUCUCGCCUGCAGCGCGAAAGAUUAUUGAAUCGGCUUAUGAAUUUGUUCUUAAUCAUGUUGGUAUGGAUAUGGCAGCUGGAAAUUUGUGGGGUGAUUACUUGUUUUUCCUAAAAAACACAGAAACAACCAGCUUAUGGGAAGAACAGCAGAAGAUGGAUCAAAUGCGGAAAACUUUCAAGAGGGCAACGAGUAUUCCGAUUCAUAAUGUAGAACACAUAUGGAAAGAAUACGAUGCAUUUGAAAAUGGACUAAAUAAAAUUACGGCUAAAAAAUUCUUGCAAGAAAGAUCUCCUUCAUAUAUGACAGCACGUACGGCAUUGAAAGAAUUACGAGGUUUUAUGGAUGAAAUCAGUAGAACCGUUAUUCCAGUGCCACCUAAAUGGGACCGGGCUGAAUUACAACAAUUGGAUGUAUGGAAACGGUGGAUAGCAUGGGAAAAGUCUAACCCGUUAGCAUUUGAGGACAAGGCACAGUUGGCGCAGAGGGCUGUUUAUGCAUAUAAACAAGCAAUGAUGUACAUGCGUCAUUAUCCCGAAAUAUGGUAUGAAGCCUCGAAUUACUGGAUCGAAAUUAGUAAGGAAGAAGAUGCUGCAAAUCUUUUAAAGACUGCCAUGGAUAUAAUGCCCACCAGUUUUUUGGUGCAUUUCGCAUAUGCUGAACUACAAGAACGCCGCAAAAAGCUUCCGGAAGCGCAUCAGGCAUACGAAACCCUUCUCAACAACCUAACAGAACAAAUCAAAAAGAUCGAACAGAUCGCCAAAGAUGAAAUUGAUGGUUUAGCAAGGCCUACUGUCGAAGGGUCCGAGGAAGGAACAAGUUCAUCACCGGCUAUAUUAGAUGUAUGGGUUAUGUUAAUGCGAUAUUAUAGGCGUGCUGAAGGAGUGAAAGCUGCCCGAUCUAUAUUCAGUAAAGCACGAAAAUCACCAUACUGCACUUAUCAUAUAUAUGUAGCUGCUGCUCUAAUGGAAUAUCAUUGCAGUAAGGACCAAUCUGUGGCCGGCAAAAUUUUUGAACUAGGCUUAAAAUCUUUUGGCGAUAAACCGGAAUACGUGGUGCAAUAUCUUGACUUUUUAAUCGAGCUUAACGACGACAAUAAUACUCGUGCCCUUUUCGAAAGAACAUUAUUGACAAUGCCGGUAGACAAAGCGAAAAUAGUUUGGGAAAAAUUCUCGGACUACGAAAAUAACUACGGCGAUAUUGGCUCUCUACGGAAAAUCGAAGAACGUCGAGCAGAGAAGUAUUCAGAUGAGUCACCUUUAAUUCGCUUCGCGGAACGUUAUAGUUACUUGGACACUAAUGUAAUUCUUGAUCAAGAAAUUGGAGCGACAAAACGACGAAUCGAUAUUCCCGAAUCGUCACCACCAGCUGAACCAAGUACUCGUGUAUCCAAAACACAAGAACAACAAGAUUCACACACAGCUCGCAAAGCACUAUUAAAUUCCGUACAACCCGAAAAAUAUCCUCGACCUGAUUUUCGCCAAUGGGUAUCAUAUAAACCAACUCCAGAUCAAUUAAGACGACCUACUUUUACUUCAGGAAGUGCAGCUCAAGGUUCAGUUCCACCACCAGAUACAGGUUCUCAGCCACUAGGAUUCCAGAAUGUUCAAGGAACACGCGAUAGUUCGGUAUUGUUACGGCCAAGUCCUCCACCCUUAAGAGCAUCUACGCCACCAAGUCAACAUCCAUCACAUGUAAUAUGGAAACGAGGGCCUAAUGGAAUGCUAUUGCCCGAAGCAAUAGCAAAUUUCCUCGGAGCAUUACCUCCUCCGAUGUCAUUCCCAGGGCCUUAUAUUAAUCCAAUAGAACUAGCCGAAGUAGUGCGCACUGUAAAUAUCACAACCCCAAAUAUAGCAAGCGGCAGUAAUUUACAACCACCACACACUCAUCUACCUCCACCAGGACAAAGAGAUUUGCGGGGAGGAAGUCCUAGUCGUGGAGGAUCAUCAUAUGGUGUGGACGGAAGGUAUGUAGAUGGAGGUCCGAGGGGCGGAUAUAACGGACAAGAAAAUGUAAGGGGAGGGUACGGAAUUGGGGGUGGACCAGGAGCAGGGAGAGCGAGACAAGGAGAAUUCUUUGGAAAGCAGAUGAGGGUAUUAGGAGGUGGACGAGGUUCUGCUGGCGGAAAAAGAAGGAGGAGGGAAUAUGACGGAGAAGAAGACUUCCAAGGCAAAGGUGGCCCUGGAAUAAAUCGACCACCUGAAUUCGAUCUAUACCGAGUGCGACAACAAAAACGUGCUCGAGAAG